UUUUAAUCUAAUUUUUUAUGCCUCUAAAAGCUCUAAUGAAUACAUGUUCUCAACCACUAUAGUCAACUCAAACUCUGUUUCGCUCUCAAGUCUGCUAACAAUCUAACGUUAACAUUCAUGCAAGCACGCUCGAUCAGCUCCCAUAUAUAUUUCGAUCCCCUUCUUCUACCUAGCCCGCCGGCCGGCCGCAUUCCGGCAGAAGAGAACAGUCAUAACACCAUAUUACAUGAAUAUAAAAACCGCUCAGGCAAUAAGCCAAAUAUAUCUUCUUCUAACAAACAUGGCUUCUAUGUACUAUGUCAUCUUUCAUUUCGCUCUUUUCUCCCCACCGGUGGCAGGAGGAGUACUACAACCUCCUCCACCUCCGCCGGAACUGAUGCUCAACUCUCUCGCGGCACUCAUUAUACUCUCCUUCAUCGGUUUGGUUAUAAUCAUUUGUUUCAUCAUCGCCAUCUACGCUCGGUGCUGCACCACCGAGCAAAGGAUGAGUAUCGAAUUCACCGAAGGCGACUCUCGGAGGCGGCGUAGACGCCUCCGCCGGUCUACGGCCUACGGGCUUGACCCGCAUUUCAUCGACACCUUCCCGACGUUCCUUUACUCCGACGUUAAGGGACUCAAGGUCGGCGGCAAGGCGGCGCCGCUGGAAUGCGUGGUGUGCUUGAACGAGUUCGAGGAUGAUGACUCGCUCCGGCUGCUUCCCACUUGCUCUCACGUGUUCCACCCGGUUUGCAUCGACGGGUGGCUUGCGUCACACGUCACGUGCCCCGUUUGCCGCACAAAUCUCCUUCCGGUGGGUCCGGGGAGGAGGAGGAUCACUUUACUGAGUCAUAACCCGGCCAUUGACUCGCCCGUCUAUGAACAAGUUCAUUAUUCCGGCAAUGGGGAGAUAAACGGUGCCUGCCCCGCCGCAACGGGAAGGUCAACGCCGAAACGACAUCGGAUUAUUACCGGGAAAUUCUCCCGGUCUCACACAACCGGUCAUUACUGUGACUCGCUGCUUCGACCGGGAGAAAAUGUAGAGCGGUUCACGUUGAGAGUACCGGAGGAAGUCAGAAACCGGUUGGUCAACGCCGGCCUGAGUAGAAAUCGCAGUUGCGCGGAGUUACCGGCCGGCGAAAGAAGUUGGAGGAAGGGAUAUAGAAGUAACAGCGGUGGGGCUGGUUUGGGAAGAUCCGUCAAUGGGAAGUUGGGGUACACGCCGCUAAAAGAUGAGCGUGGCGGUGGAGGGGAGGAAUUGAUGGCAGUUCCGACGAGUUUGAUUAGGUCCGUCAAGGCCCCUCUUGAUCGUUUCUUUAGUGGGGCGGAAAACGAUAGUGCCGAGGAACAGUCUCUUAAUAAACUUUUGCCCUCUUGACAACGGGGUUUAACAGAAAUUUAUUGCAAUAAUUUUGUAUAUUUGUAGAUGGGGUCUUAUUAAAUAAUACUAGUAAUGAAUUUGUCUAUAUGAAAUAUUUGAUUCAGAGUGUCAUCUAAUUUCAUCAAAUAUCUUGUAGUAUACUAUCAUCCGUAUCUCAUUAAUUGCAACAUUGUAAUAUAUACACUAUUCAUGUACUUUACGUUGACUACAU